AUGCCACCAAAAAGGAAAAGACAACGACGCCUCCAGGAAGAAGUGGAAGUUGAUGUCGACACCGACGAAGUUGGAUUGUCCAGUGAUGAAGAUUCUCCCAGUCCUGAAGUUCAAGAUGACAACAACCAAAAAACAUUUUACUAUCUCACUCCUAAACUAGCACCAAUAUCAACAUCCACCCUGGAUCAACUAGGUUUCGCAAGUAUAUAUUCUAAACUUACCAAUCUGACAAAAAAACCAAAAAUCAGCCCUGUCCCUUUCGUAAGUCUUUUCAAUGGGUUGGAAACAAAGUCUAAAGCUCAACAACGAUAUGACUUGUAUAAUAAAAUUUGGGAACAUCAACUAACUAAAAUCCAGCUGAUCUUGAAUAAUGCCAAUGAUGACUUGUAUCAAGACUUGAUCAAAUUCAUUAACGGUAACCAAGCUGACAAGUUAUCGGUUGCGUUCCUCCAAUUGACAUCCAAUAUUGCCAAUAAUCUACGUACGUUGAAUGAAUUUAAACAAGUAUUGGCAGCAAGCAAAAACAGUACCAUAUACAAGAUAAUGAGCAUAAAUUCCAAGAAUUGCACUAAUACGAGAGCAGCCCUUCGUGAAAUCAUCAAACAAUUUGAAGAUGAUUCCCAUGAAAUACCCGACGAAGAAGGAGAUAAGGAAGAGGAAGUCUUCGACGAAGAACCAACGAGAGCCAAUUACGAUUUGGAUAUUAUAGAAAGCUGGUUCAUGUCCUUCAAAAAGACACCAAACAUUAAAAUGGUACUUAUUUUGGAAGAUACAAACUCCAUCAACAAUCAUGUAUUGAAUCAAUUGAUCAAGAUCUUGUCAGCAUAUUCCACGACAUUACCAUUCAGAAUAAUCAUGGGGUUGUCUUGUGAUAAUAUAAGCAAUUGGGUGAAUUCUAAUCUCAGCAACGAAAUGAGACUUCUUAUAGAUGGAUACAAACUUAAAAGUAACGAUAACAAAAGUUUGGGAUAUAUUAUCUUGAAUAACUUGUUCCUUACUCCCGACUUAACAGAUGAUAAUCCAUUACUAUUAAAUAAAACCACCACCACUAUCAUUUUAAAUCGGUUUGAAAAUUCAAAUAAUUCAAUUGACUCAUUGAUUGCCGAGAUCAAAUUGUGUUAUAUGAUUUACUUUUACCAACUGCCAUUGUCUUUGUUACAUGUGGAAACUCCCAAGGAGAUUUAUAUCCAAGGAUUAAGAAAAUUACCUUCAUUCAAAAGACACAUUGAAUACCAACUACACAAGGGUGAAUUAGAAGAUAUUGAAGAGUUGUUAACCAAGGAUGAACCGGUGGUCAACUUGUUUAACCAAGCCAAAUUGAAAUUUCAAAAGUUUAAAUUAAUUGCCAUGAACGCAAUCAAUAUAAUUUACCAAUUGCAUAACAAACGUGCACCUGUCCGGAAGCAAAAGUUCGAAUUGUACAAGUUACUUCUUAGUAACAAGUUGUUGAACUCGAAAUAUCUCAAUGAUAUCUUGCGAGGUCUUCCUAAAUUGAGCGAUACCGAGGUAGGAUCUAUACUUUUGGACUUGACUGACGAUUGUCAGGAAUCAAUUGGGAAAAUUGAAGAUGAGAAGUUAAUAGUGUUGAAUAAAGUCAUAUCUGAAAUGGAGAACUUCCAAGAGUUGACUGACAGGUUGAAAGAUUACUUCAACAACGACGUCUUAUUAACUCCCUUGGAUGAUGUCGUAUUCCAUGAGAUAUUUUCCAUGAAUGGUGGACUAAUCCGAGAAAAAUGGAACCGAGAACCAUUAUUUGAGGAAAACUUUGAGAAUCUAAUGAUUAAUCUAGUCAGACCAAAUCUCAGAGCAACCAUCGAGCUGGGAUUAGAUAAUUACGAGACAUACCUUGGCAAUUCAUUAAUUGAACAUGAAUCAGUCGAUAAACUAAUUGCUCCUACUUUGAGUCAUUUGUUUAAAGUAUACAAGGAAGCACCGGUUGCAAUCAACAUUUAUGAUUUCUACCAAGCAUUCUCGUUGUCAUUAAAUAGAAACGAAAUCCAGAAAUCACUCGACAAGGAUUUGAGCCAGGAUGAAUGGGACAAAAUGACGUACUCGUGGUUUAUCCAGAAUUGCUUUGAACUAAUGAUGAUGGGGUUACUCAAGGAGAAACCAAAAGGUGAUGUCUUGGAAAAAGCGAUAUGGAAAGGUGUAUAA